GAACUGCUAAACCCUGCCCAACACUUGCAUGACCUACAACACACACAAUGCACAUUCACAAACAUACAUAAUAUCUCUGUCUACCAUGGAUUCGCACUGCAGGUGGCAGAUACUCCUUAGCCUGUGGAUACAAGUGGGCUUUGUGCCCAGGCUACAUUGUAUAACUUUCAAUCAUCUGUCAAGGGAAGAUGUGUUGCUGUUAAAGGAUGAGCAGGAUCCUAAAUGUUUCACCCGGACUGAGCAGGAUUUCACCUGCUUCUUUGAGACUGCAGACAACAGGAGCUAUGAUUUAGUCUACACUGUUUACAGAGCGAAAAGGUGUGAAAUGUCUGUCCAAAAAGUUGAAGUGGCUACUUUCCUGCACAUCUGCUCAUUUCCUGAAUCGGAUGUGUUGUCAUUUGUGGAAACACGCCUUGAAGUGGUGGAGCGCGACACCAACACCAGCCUCUACAGAAGGACUGUCUCCAUGGAGGACCACUUUCUUCUGGAUCCCCCCUUCAGUGUGUCUUUACACCAAAAUGGCCAAGCAGGGCAGCUGCAGGUUUCAUGGCGCACAAAGGCCUCAAAAUACUGGAAAAAUGACAUGAUGUACAGGAUUCAGUACUCUUCCAAGGGGCUGGGAGUGAAGAUUAAAGAGGCAAAGGAGGGAGAAACACUGGACUCUCUGGUCCCAGGAGAGGAGGUUGAUGUCCAGCUUGCUGUAAAAUAUGCUUUAAAUCCAAAUGCAGGACACUGGAGCAGCUGGUCACACCUGGUGCAAGCUGUGGUUCCCCAAAGUGCAGAUGAUAUUUCACUAAAGUGCUACACAUCUGACCUGCAAAACAUCACCUGCCAAUGGAACAGGAGCAGAUAUGGUGAAGAGAAGGAUUACAAGCUUUUCUACAUGAUGGGUAUCAGUAAAGAUCUGGUCUGGACCGAGUGUCUCGCAGACGGGGGCUUGACUGAAACAUGCCAUUUCCAUGGAGACGAGUCCAGAGCAGUCAAGGUGAAGCUCUGCAGCACUUCAGCUCGACUCAACAGGACCUUCUUUACUCCAGAGUUCACCCUCAGAAAAAGCAUCAAAUCAUCCCCACCAUGUCAUCUGAAAGGAGCAUUAGAGAAGGACAAGUUGUGCCUAAAAUGGGAAACUCCUCUUCAGGCUCUGUCGACCCACCUGCAGUAUGAAGUCGGCUACCAGAUGAGAGGGAGUAACGCAUGGAUGACGGUGUUCCUAGAGGGUCCUGAGUCCGGCACAUGUCUGGAGAUCCCGACAGGUAGCCAGUACAAUGUUAAGAUCAGAGCUAAACCUAAUGGGUCCAUUUACUCAGGCCACUGGAGUGACUGGUCAGAAGUGCUGACUGGUGACAUCCCCGCUGACACAGGCAAACUGCACAUUCUGUCUAUCCCUGUCUCCGUGCUGAUAAUUGCCAUCAUUGUCAUCUACUUGUUUCCCACGUACUUCCGUAAGCUCAAGCUGUAUUUUUGGCCACCAGUACCCGACCUUGAUAAAGUCCUACAAGGAUUUCUGAAAGACCUUGACGGACAGAGAUGGAAUCCACCAAUAACAGCAAAGCAAUGCCCUGAGGAAACCACGUCUUCUGUGUUGGAGAUCAUUUCUGAAGAUGAGGGUUCAGUAUUGGGGAAGCCAUCAGAGGGAUGCACCCAGCUCCUGUCAGAGAGACACCUCUGCAAUGGAGAACAGAUUGAAGGGACGGGAGUCUUCUCAGAUUAUGUGACUCUGAACAAAGACAGUGUCAUUCUUUGUCCAAAAGGAAACAAAUAUGUCUACGAGGAGGUUGGACCAAAAGAAAGUCCAGUGGUGAGUGAUGAGCUCUUUCCAGGUAGUCUGACAGCAUCCUUAGGCAGUGACUUUCUUAACCGUUCCUACUUGCCUCUGGCAGAGUCUGCAGACACAUCCCACUGCAAGGUCACUGAUGCAAGGUGGCCAGGCAACCUCUACACUAAUUUCCCCUGUAGGUAAAUGUACAAUUAAGGUUAUUUGUUCCCACUGGUGUAGAUUACAAACCAAACCUUCUUAUUGACAUAGAAGUUUAAGAAUAUAAUAUAUUCAACAUUUCUAUAACUGUUGAAGAUAUUUAAGCAUAUCAUAUUAUUUUUGUAUUUGUAAUAUUACAUAAUACUGUUGUGUGUGUGUGUGUGUGUGUGUGUGUUUAUAUCCACUAGAGAAAACAGUAGAUCUAGAAUACACUCAGUGGCUUUCAUGGUCAAGAGGCCUGUAUUGUUUUAGUAUAUGUAAUCAUUAUUACAACGUUUUAGUGUUCUGGGUGUAACUUGGACAAAAAAAAGUUAAAAGAGAAGGAAAAAAAAACAAUGUAUAAAGGGGAGUGGUAUCAGGGAUUGGGGAUAUAACAAGAUGCGAAUAUUUUGAGUUUGACCUUCAUUUUUAAACAUUUAUAGGAAAAUAUGUCUAAAAACGACUUAAUUUGUUGUGCAUGUACUUUUAAAUCUGCAUAUAAAGGAUUUUUUUUUUCUCCAGA